AUGGUUAGAAAUUCAAAGCAGCCAUGUGCCCCCAGUUGUCAUACUUAUGGAAACAUAACAUUUAAAGCUGCAAAUGGCACAAUCAGGGAUAUUAAACAAGACUGUAUUUUAUAUCUCUGGGAAAGCACAGCAUUUCGUAAUGCCAAAGGAAGGCCAGAUGAGCAUGUUCUUUUGAAAGAAAUUGAUGAGUCCGAUAGAUUUAAAUUGUUUAAAGAAAUGUUCCCUCAAGGAAGAUUUACCAAUGAAACAGUCCGUACUUUUGAAUGCAGAAAGCUUGAUUACAAAGAUGUGAUACAUGCUCCUUACGAAGACAACCCAAGUGGAAAACAGAAGGCGGUGGCUAAUUUGCUCAAGUUUGCUAUUACAUUGAAGAAAAAAUCUGUUGGUCUCUAUUUUGAUGAUGCCAAUCCAUUUUUGAAAGGUGGGGACUUCAUGACACAUGUAGCUACAGCUUUAUUAGAUAUUUCUUCCUUUGCCAGAUAUCCCAUUGAAGUUGUAGUUUUUGUUGGAAAAAAUUUCUUCAAUAGAGCUAUUUCAUUCUUCAAGGAAAACAUCCAAAUUGAUUCAGGAGCACAGACUGUUGUAAUGACUCUUGCUGGUACCAAAAGCAACCUGACUGCAGCAGUUGAUUAUUUAAGAAAGGAAAAGGAAGUUAUAUUAAUAAAGCUACAUAUGCCUCAAGAAGAUCAGGUAGAUGCUAUUGCUGAACCAGCUUCGUUGAAUGCUCCGGGUGAAAUGUUCAUUGAGAGAGGAACAGAUUCUAGAGAUAUGCAGUUCAGUUCUACCUAUGUGCAGAAUCCUGAACUUGAAAGGAUGAAGGAAUUGGAAUGUUAUAUGGAAAUGAAAAACAUUCCAAUGAGUGAAACCAAAGAAUCCCUGAAACUGAAACUUGUGGAUCUAGAAUUGCCAAUAAUAUUUCCAAAGUUGGUUUAUCAGGAUGGCUCUGAUACCGCUAUCCUAAUUUGUAAAAAUGUUGAAGAUGCUAAAAAGUUGGAAAAUGUGCAAAAGUCAGAGUUCAUAUUCAAGGGAUAUGAUGGAAAGAAGUGUUACACAAAAGUUUCAUGGAAUUUUCCAAAGGCUAAAGAUUUACAACCGGAGGACAUGGAUGAACUGAAGAAAAUUUAUGUAAAUGUUGAUGAAGCCACUGGAAAGAUUGAAACAUUGACAACGUAUCAACUUAAGUGUGCAAAGGUAAUACUUGCAAAAUAUGAUAAACAAAAAGGUACACAAACAGAAGAAGGUAUAAAUGAAAAUGAGCUGGUUACAAUUAACAAAAGCAUUGAAAUGGAAGCUUCUGAAGAUGUCUGGAAUAUUGUAAGUGAAAUAUGUAAAAAGGACAUAAAAUCUUUUGAGAAAAAUUUUGGACCUGUUAAAUUUGAAAAUUCAAAGAUUGUUAUACCAGCUCAUGACAGGGAUUUUGCUAAAAGUGAGGUACAGAAAACUGACAUCAACAAAACAAAAUACCUUUCACAUGGUGGAGGUGUAGCUGCAGUGAUAGCAAGAGCAGCAGGUUAUAACCUAAUAAAAGAGGGGAAUGAUUAUAUUGCUCGAAAUGGUGACAUUCCCAGUUGGUCAGGCUAUUGCACAACUGCUGGAAAACUCAAUUAUAAAUGUGUGAUUCAUACAGUCGGUCCAAGUUGGUAUGAUUAUGAAAGUCGUUCUCAUGAUGAUGUUCAAAGAUGUAAAAAUGAUCUCUUUCAUGCCCAUUUACAACUGUUUUUUUUACGCACAUUGCUGAAGGCAUGGAAUUGA